UCGCCUGCAAUGGACCGACCUGUAAUCUAAUACUUGAUUACUUUCAAACCAAAGACUACAGUCCAAAUCAAAGCUCUUCCCUUUUGUUCUUUUCCGACUUGAACCCUCUAAUCUCUAUCACUCUCUGAGCUCAAUCCCACUGAUCGUAAAAAGGUGAUAUUUCGAGGGGCAUUUCGGGAACAAUGAAGCGGCGAAAGCUCGACCCACCAGUGCUCUCUCACACUCGGCUGAGACUGCUUCAAAUUCUGAUGGCCACGCUGUUGGUUUACUUUCUGAUCACCAGCUUUGAGACCCGGUGGGACUCCGGCGACGAUGACGAGCUGCUCAGCGACACGUCGUUGCCCAGCAGAGCAUUUUUACUGGAAAACCAAAACAGCUCGGGUCGGCCCACCGAAGGCCCGCUCCGUGAUUCCCGAGGCUCGCCGCGGAAAACGCGGGAGUCGAAGCAAGUCUCGGGUUUGGUCUUCGAGAAGAACACGGCGGCGUUUGAGGGAAAUGUGAGCGGAGUUUACGGGCUACGCAAGGCUGCCGUGGAGGCCUGGAGAGCUGGGAAGAGCCUCUGGGCCGACAUUGAGUCCGGGAAACUCGUACUGGACAAGAGCUCUGAAAACCGGUCCGGGUCCGACCCAUGUCCGCAUUCGUUUUCUUUAUCCGGGUCCGAGUUUCACGCUCGGAACCGGGUGAUGGUGAUCCCCUGUGGACUGACGCUGUGGUCGCACAUUACGGUGGUGGGCACGCCGCGGUGGGCCCACCACGAAAAUGAGCCGAAGAUUGCGGUGUUGAAGGAGGGAGCAGAGGCAGUGAUGGUGUCUCAGUUCAUGAUGGAGUUGCAGGGAUUGAAAAAUGUGGAGGGUGAGGACCCCCCGAGAAUAUUGCAUUUCAAUCCGAGAUUAAAGGGGGACUGGAGUAACAAGCCGGUGAUUGAGCAGAACACGUGUUAUCGGAUGCAAUGGGGGUUGCCGCUCCGGUGUGAGGGCUGGAGAUCACGCGCCGAUGAAGAUACAGUUGAUGGACAGGUAAAAUGUGAGAAGUGGAUUCGCGACGACGACGAUCACUCGGAAGAGUGGAAGGCGAUAUGGUGGUUGAACAGGCUGAUAGGAAGAACCAAGAAGGUGGCUAUAGACUGGCCGUACCCUUUUGCUGAGGGGAGGAUGUUUGUUCUCACCGUGAGUGCUGGUUUGGAAGGUUACCAUAUCAGUGUUGAUGGCAGACAUGUCACUUCUUUCCCUUAUCGCACCGGAUUUGUUCUUGAGGAUGCGACUGGACUGUUUUUGAAUGGAGAUGUUGAUGUGCACUCCAUCUAUGCUGCCUCGUUACCUACAUCACAUCCUAGUUUUGCGCAACAGAUGCAUCUCGAGAUGGUUACUAACUGGAAGGCUCCACCGCUGCCCUAUGGGCGUGUGGAGUUGUUCAUUGGCAUUCUUUCAGCUGGCAACCAUUUUGCUGAGAGAAUGGCUGUGAGGAAGUCUUGGAUGCAGCAUAAGUUGGUCAAGUCUUCCCGUGUUGUUGCUCGCUUUUUCGUAGCAUUGCAUGGUAGAAAGGAAGUUAAUGUGGAGCUAAUGAAAGAAAUAGAGUAUUUUGGUGACGUUGUUAUAGUUCCUUACAUGGAUAACUAUGAUCUUGUAGUACUGAAGACCCUAGCAAUUUGUGAAUAUGGGGUUCGAGCAGUGCCUGCAAAGUAUAUUAUGAAGUGUGAUGAUGACACCUUUGUCCGGGUAGAUGCUGUGCUCAAGGAAGUACAAAAAGCGCGUACAUAUAGAAGCCUCUAUGUAGGAAAUUUGAACUACCACCACAAGCCUCUUCGCUUUGGUAAAUGGGCAGUGACAUAUGAGGAAUGGCCAGAAGAAGAUUAUCCGACCUAUGCAAAUGGCCCAGGAUACGUUGUCUCCUCUGAUGUUGCAAAAUUCAUCUUAUCCGAGUUUGAAAAGAACAAGUUGCGAUUGUUCAAGAUGGAAGAUGUGAGCAUGGGAAUGUGGGUGGAGCAGUUCAACAAUUCUAGACCAGUGAAGUAUGUGCAUAGUUUGAAGUUCUGCCAACAUGGGUGCAUUGAAAACUAUUACACUGCGCAUUACCAAUCCCCAAGGCAGAUGAUAUGCAUGUGGGAAAAACUGCAGCACAUCGGCAAACCCCAAUGCUGCAAUAUGAGAUGACCAUGGUACAAUAGACAUCUUCUUUUUCUUUAUACAGUGAAUUGGAGAAAGAAUACACAGACAAAACAAGUUUUGCAGUCAAUACUAGAGUAGCCAUGUAAAUAUUCAUUGGGGGUUAAAUUAUUUACAACGAAGCUGCCGAGCC